AUGCCUGAAUUACCAGAAGUAGAACGUGCUCGCAAAAUAAUUCACGGUUUUUGUGGAUGCAAAGUCUUGAAAUGUCUGACUGUAGAAGACUCGCUAGUAUUUAGUGGAAUAUCACAUACAGAUUUCGCUAAAGCUCUUGUUGGACGAACGAUUACAUCGACUGGAAGACACGGCAAGAACUUUUGGAUAUCGCUGGAUCAAGCUCCUCACGCUGUAAUGCAUUUUGGAAUGACGGGCUCUAUUCUCGUCAAAGGUCAGAAAGGACUCGAAUAUAAGGACUUCAAGACAGACUCUGAGACUUGGCCUCCUCGCUUCCACAAAUUUAUUCUUGUCUUGUCUAAUGGCAGCGAACUCGCCUUUGCAGAUGCCAGAAGGCUCGCCAGAGUCAGGAUUGUAAACGAUAUUUUGAAUGAGCCUCCAAUAUCCGAACUCGCACCAGAUGCAUAUUUGAAUCCCCCAUCGCUACCCGUCUUUCUUUCACAAACGAGUAAACGGAAUGCACCAAUCAAAUCUAUACUGCUUGAUCAGAAUGCUAUUGUUGCUGGUAUUGGUAAUUACCUUGUAGAUGAGAUACUUUACCAAGCACAUGUGCAUCCGGGCCAGCAUGGUUCUGUGCUUUCAAAAGAAGAGGCUGGCAAUAUAUUGACUAAGAUGGCGGAAAUACUCAAAGUCGCUGUUGAAGCGAAUGCUGACUUUCAUCAAUUCCCACAAGACUGGUUAUUUCAUCACCGAUGGGGUAAAGGCAAGGGCAAGUUGAGUGCAACAUCUAGUGGUCAAAAGAUUAUUUUUGAGACUGUUGGUGGACGAACCAGUGCCAUUGUUCCUGAGGUUCAAAAGCUCAGGAAGAAGAAGAGAAAAGCUGACGAUGAUGGUGCUGAUGAAAACGAAGAGGAUGAUGAAGAUGAUGCAGAAGAGCCAUCUGAAGCAAAAGAGUCCCUUCCAAAACAGAGAAAGCAAAAGGCUCCCGCCAAAAAGAAGGCUAAAAUAACCAAGAAGGGAAAAGAAGUGGUAGAAGCAGAGGUUGUGAAAGAGGAGGUCGAGGACUCUGCGUUGAUUGCUGAACAUUCAGAGGUCGCUGAGGUCCCAGUUCCUAAGCCUGUCCGCGGUAGGAAGAAGAAGGUGGACACUGUAGUUAUCAAAGAAUCUGUUAUCAAAGAAUCUGCUGCUACUACCACAAAAAUCAAAUCCAGAUCAACAAGGUCAACUGUUUCAGCAAGCAAGAAUGUGAAGGAAGAGGUUGAAAAGGAAGAGGUUGUUGUCGAGCAGAAGGUAAUUCGUAAGACUCGAGGCAAAGCAAAGGGCUGA